GCCAGUUGCACCUCGCACACCUUUUCGGAGGACUUGUCUAAUUACUGGACGGCGAAUUUAUAUUUCAAGGCAUGCAAUGGGACUUACAAGAGGGCUCCACAGAUUGCCAACAGACAAAAUAAUAAUGGAGAAUCUGGGGGCGUUGCCGUUUACUGCACUCCCCCUGGUGCUGGCAAUACCACAGCUUUUAGGCCAGGGUUCAGUAUACUCGUUGGCGAUCCGAUGCGUCGU